AGAGAGAGAGAGAGAGAGAGAGAGAGAGAGAGAGAGAGAGAGAGAGAGAGAGAGAGAGAGAACGGGAAGAGAGUAGAGAGGGUUGAACCAAAAAAAUAAGAGAGACGGGGGGUUUUAGCGGAGCUGCAGCGAGACAGGCGCUCUCUAUCUCUGAUAAAAAGGCGGAUUCUGGAACCUGGACCAGGGGAACUUUGGCGCACCGGGACAUAUCCACCGCACUGUUUUCAGGGCAAAGGACGCGCUGUUUCUCUACAUUCCGCCGGGAGGAGGACAGUGACGGGCCGGCGUGGGAUGCGAGCGUCGUCGUGGGCUACAGGGAGGAGAAGAUGCUGUGAUACCAUGAGCAUCGUCCGCGGCCGAGGAGAGAGAGAGGGUGGGAGAGAGAGCAAGGGAGCCAACGACAGGGACGGCGAGGCGGUGAUUCUCAUCACCAGCACCACCAGCAGCGACGGUGGUUGUUUCUAGAUCCACCGCGGACCAGGGAGGACCCAUUGUCCCACAACAAAUAGCCUAACAGGCCGACCCCCCCUUUUUUUUGUACGGUUGCAAUAUCUCGGUGUCGCUGCUGAGUUAGGCAGGGCAGCCUAGACUAAUAGCGCCCCGGCAGAGGCUGUUUUGAUAGUGCACCCCCUCCACCCCUCCCUCCUUGAUGCAGGGCCGGGGGUGAACUAAAGUGUACACCGGAUAUUGGAAAACCCAUUCUGGUGCUGCUGCCACUGCUGCUGUUGUGAUAAUGGAAUAUUAGCCUGUACCUGAUACACCGGGCUAUUCCCGGACAUCCCGGCCUGGACUUGAUAAGAAGACGAAUAUGUGUGUGUGUGCAGGGCCUGCAUUUGGACCAUGCAUUCAUUUGUGAGAGCCUAGCCCUGUAUUUCACCGUAUGAGGGGGGUGCGGGUGAUUGUGUGCUGUGGAUGAAUGCAUGCAUUCGGUUGGGUGAGGACAUUUUGACUCGGGUGAUAUUUGACACGUUUUCUCACUGGUCAGUGUGUAACAAAUGUAACCGUCCCACUGAAUGUCAUGACUCCAUCUGCUCACUUUGAGUCCACUAUAUAUAGCCAGAGAGAGAACUAGACAUUACAGGCGGCUUACACGGAGGCUGAGCCUCGUUCUUCUAGGCGUAGCCCACGUUCAGCCAUACCUUCUAGACUCAUCGGGACCGCUCACCGACUUCAUCAUCCUCAUCCUCAUGCCACUGAUGCACGUCCCGCAAUUCGGACUUUUGAGACAAGGCGAGGAGCUCUGAGGUUGUGCGUGGGAAACACGCUAAAGACAUCUGAACAUCUCAAGAGGCUUCAUCCACUCAUCCUCGACUCUCUUUCAUUCCUCACACGGACUGCUCGGGUGUAGUUUGCCUGCAGGAUGCAUGACAAGUGCCCGGCAGUCUAGGCCCCGCCGGCGUUAGCUUGUCUCGUCUUGCGAUCACGAACCAGCCCCCUCCGAUCAUUCAGCACAACCGAGCCACCCCACCCACCCCCUCGCCCCCCAACACACACACGCGCACACACACAUCUUCCUCCUGCUCCAUCCCGAUCCCUCCCUGCCCUCCCCUCCGGCGACAUCGCAAUAGCGGUGUGUGUAAUGUCGUUACGGCGUGGCCACGCGCGAAGAGGCACCCAUCGCCAUCUCUCUGCCGAUCGCUGCUGAUGUGAUUUCGCCGUUCAACGGGAAUUCGAAUUUACGCCGUCUCUCGUCUCUUGGCCGCGGGGGGGACGGGGUGGGACGGAGCUUGCGGAAAGGAUGAGCGGCAAGGAGCUGUCCGUAGGCCAGUCCAGCCAGUACGUGGGGCCUUACCGACUAGAGAAGACGCUCGGGAAGGGACAGACAGGGCUGGUGAAGUUGGGGGUUCACUGUAUCACAGGCCAGAAGGUGGCCAUCAAGAUAGUGAACAGAGAAAAGCUCUCUGAAUCGGUUCUUAUGAAGGUGGAGAGGGAAAUUGCGAUUCUUAAACUCAUCGAACACCCUCACGUUCUGAAGCUACACGAUGUGUACGAGAAUAACAAAUACCUGUGA